GUUACUUGGCAGACCGAUAAAACAUUCUGCACCCUGGCUUGCGGAAGUUCUAGUGCAGUCCAAUCUGAUUGGAACCUGCGAUCUUUGCAAGUACUUUCCAGUUUUCUUAGCAAUAUGCGUCAGGCGGCCAGUGAACCGAAUCCGUGGCCAUGCCAACUAAAACUAACUCUUUUCUAUUUGUUCUGUCUAUAACCUCUAUCAUGUCACUCCAUCAGCUGGUCUAGCAAGGUGAUUGUGUUUUCUCAUACUAGCAGAUAUCAGACCUAAUUUUCCUUAUGAAAGGUUCUGUCAUCUCCCUGUGAAAUAUAUAUGUACUUACUUCUGCGCGCACACACAUACGUGUUCUUAAAAGUACACGGAUGCAUCCCUUCUGCUUGGGAAGAACAUAAUCAGACACAACAUAUUUAGCCUUUCUCUUUAGCACCCUAUUGCCAUUGCCUUUUACACCGAACUGAUCAUUAAUUCAUUUUCCAGUCAUAAACACCCUGUGAAGGGCUUCUUGAGAUGUAAUUAAGGGUCGCCUGCUCUUAACUGCAUGGCUAGUUUUGAAUUUCCUCAGAGAAAUGGCCAUUCUGGACUGGACAGGGUGCUGCAGGACAGGAGUGUGAAAUUCGACUCCACCUCUAAGUGCUUCAUUGCAGCUUGGAGUGAGCAGCAGAUUUGGGCCCUGCUGGCCCCUCUCCCCUGCUGAUUCAGAUCCUUUCUCCUGCCCUCCCCCUCACUCUCACAGACCCAUGCUGAAGAACAGAAAGCACCCUCAGGUGUAGCUAGAAGUCAUGGGAAUUUGAGUUUCUUUGUCCAUCUGAUAAAAAUUGCUGUUGCACAAUAAUAUCUGCAUACUUACUAUAAAAAAAUGAAAAUUCUGUCAUCAUUCACUCACUCUCAUGCCAUUCCAAACCUGUUUGACUUUGUUUCUUCAGUGGAACACAAAGUAACAUCUUUUAAAGCAGAUAUCUUGUUUUUGUUCAUACAGUGAGAGCCAAUGGGGUCCAAAAGUUUCAAGCGCCAUUAAAGUAGCGCUACAUGAAUCCAUACAAAUUAAGUUUUUCAAUCCACAUCUUCUGAAGUGAUAUAUUUACUUUGUAUGAUGAAUCGAAAUGUUUAUUAAAAAAUAAAUACACGGAUCAAUUCAUGUAUACUCUGAUAGACAUCUUUGUAUAUCAAGUGUUUUAGAAGCUAGAACAUAGAAAGUUGUGUUGAAAUGGAUGUGUUGACCAUAGCCACAUGUUGGAGACGGUGAGGUUAAUUGUCUGUGAAUAGGUAACCAGGGGCUGUGUGUGUGUGUGUGUGUGUGUGUGGAUAUCUGUGACUGCUUCAGAGCUCCCCAGCCCAAGGCCUGACCACUCACAGUCAGCCUCUGAGAUAAAGGUCAUGACCACAGAUUUGUGCUGUCAACCACAUAGAAGGAGAGACAGGAGAUUGAGCUGGAGGGAGGGAGAGCGAUAGAAGGAAAGGAGGAAGAACGGAGGAGUUCACAUAAGAGAUUCACACACCAAACAUAGAUGUACCAGAGGGACGGAGAGCGAGAGGCAGGAAGUUUAGCUUUAUGUGCUGUCACUGUCAAGUUUGAUUCUGUUGAUGCAUGGGACUCGAUGAAAGAUGACAGAGGAGGUGAUUGUUAUAGCCAAGUGGGACUACACAGCUCAGCAAGACCAGGAACUGGACAUCCGGAAGAACGAGCGCCUGUGGUUGCUGGAUGAUUCCAAGACCUGGUGGAGAGUCCGCAACACAUCCAACCGCACCGGCUAUGUCCCCUCUAAUUACGUUGAGCGCAAAAACAGUCUGAAGAAAACUUCACUAGUGAAGAACCUGAAAGACACUCUCGGCCUUGGAAAAAUGAAAAGGAAGACUAGUGCACGUGAUCCGUCUCCCACACCCAGCACAGAGGCAGAGUACCCAUCCAAUGGCAGCGCAGGAGGAGGUGGAGUGGGCGGGGCCGAGCGGAUCUAUGACCUGAACAUUCCCGCACUGGUGAAGUUUUCUUAUGCAGCCGAGCGUGAAGAUGAACUCAACCUAAUAAAAGGGGAGAGGGUGGUCGUGAUGGAAAAGUGCAGCGAUGGCUGGUGGAGGGGUAGCCAUGCCGGCCGAGUUGGUUGGUUCCCGUCCAACUACGUCCAAGAGGAGAUGGGAUACACAGACCAUGAUAGCGUCUUUGGGGACUCGUUGGGGGGGUUCCGGUCCUUAAAGGUGGGGCAAGGUGCAGCGAUGGCCAACGGCCGGCCAGGAGGCUCUGGGAGCUCUGUUCUGCAUAUGGUCCAGACUCUGUACCCAUUCAGCUCUGUCACAGAGGAGGAACUGAACUUUGAGAAGGGGGAGACGAUGGAAGUUUUGGAAAAGCCAGAGAAUGACCCAGAGUGGUGGAGGUGUAAAAACAGUCGUGGCAUGGUCGGUCUUGUGCCGAAGAACUAUGUGGUAGUGCUCAGUGAUGGGCCAAUAGCGAAGGGUUUAGGGUCAAAUCACGGCUCCCCUCACAUCAGUCACACAGUUCCCUCACGUACAGGCAAAUUUGCUGGGAAGGAUUGGUACUAUGGUAAUGUGACACGGCACCAAGCUGAGUGUGCACUUAAUGAGAGAGGAGUGGAAGGGGACUUUCUGAUACGGGACAGUGAGUCAUCGCCCAGCGAUUUCUCAAUUUCUCUGAAGGCUGUGGGGAAGAACAAGCACUUCAAGGUGCAGCUGCAGGACGGAGUAUACUGCAUCGGUCAGCGGCGUUUUAGCAGUAUGGAUGAGCUUGUAGAGCACUACAAGAAAGCACCCAUCUUCACCAGUGAGCAAGGAGACAAACUCUAUCUUGUCAAGCCCCUUGCCUGAAUUUGUCACAGACGUUACCUCUCCCCCGUGCACCUCCAUUCCCUUCUUAUCUUCUUUUUUCUCUUGCUCCUUUCAGAAGCAACUUCAAGGACUAUUUGACAUUUCAAAGCCCUACAUUGCCUCCACUCCUGUGGGGAGCAGUAGCAACUUAUUCUUUUAAACAGAGAUGUCCGUCCUUGAUAUACAUGCAGGUUUUUUUUAUUAUUAUUAUUUAAUGAUUUACAGUCACUUUGGCAGUUUUGGUAAAGAAAAACAGAAUGGCAUUUCACUGAGCAACAUCUGUAGAACUCUCUCCCAGCCUUUGGACAGCUGAUCUUCUGCUCUUCCUGUUGCUGGUUAAUCCACAACCUCAACCCACAUUACAUUGGUUUACAUUUCUCUGCCCAAAAGAGCAUUACAGUAUGUAAAUUUGUAGCUCUUGUGUUGAAUUAGCAGAGGAGAAUAGAUUCAUGUGCAUGUCUUAACCUUGAUCCUUCAAAGCAGGUGAGCAUAUGAAGAACGAGGAGUGUGAUUUGGUUUCCAACAGAUGGUGUGUCUCCAUUCAUAGAGCUCAUCCGAAGGCUAUGUAACUUCUCUAUGUAUGUUCACACUGCAGCUGAGUAUCGCAUUAUACUGUCAGAAUCUGAAUCCAAACUGAUAAUUGAGAAGACAGUCAGAUUUCACCCAGAAAUAAAGUGGUGCUGUCCCUUCCUCUGAGCCUUUACAAACACUGUUUUUGCAUCUGCAGUCCCAUCCUGCAUACAUGAAGGCAGUGUGGACUUCUCUGCUCCUAUAAUGCGAACAUACACAGCUUUCCAGGUAUUUCUCUUGGAUCUGAGUCACUGCAGGGUUUCUUCAGAAUCAGGGUACUUCAUAAAGGGAGAUAAAUGCCGCAGUUAUCACAGGUGUUAAAAGAGAUAGAGGUAAACAGAGAGAAGAUUGUUCCUAUUAAGAGAGAGUAGGUUCUGUAGACAAGGAGAACGUUUGAAUGUGUGUCCUUUCAACCAAAUGUGCCACCCACUUCCAGUUCUGCUACUAUUGAUGUCUUAUUGCACCUCACCAACACGUUUUCUCUGCUCUCAGUAACAGAUUGUUGAUUGUGAACACUAAUUCAAGAGUAAUAAAACAAAAUAUGAUUUUAUUUCUUUACUUUUGUCAAUUACUUUAAGUCUGUUUACCAAUAAGCGUGUUGGGCAAGGGGUUUUCAGAUUUUUUAAUCUAUUUGUCUGAAUGUUAUUGAGCAAUGUUAUUUAAUUCCUCUUUCCACUGUAUGUACAUAUAUAUAUUAAAAACAGAUAUGGUGCAUAUAUGAAUCGUUUAGAUCCAGCAUUAUGGUACUGUACUGAGGACAGUGUGGUGAGAAUUGAAAUACUUUUGUUCAAUAAAAGUUUUGCAAAAUAACUUAAAA